AUGUCGGGAACAGAUAGGGAUCCGUCUCCGACGGAUGCUGCGACUGCGACGUCGGCUCAAGGACCGGAGCUUGAACUUUCUCACGACCAAGCUGCUGCUGUUGAAGCAAACACACAUGAUGAAACCCUGAUGCCGCCUUUCGAACCGCUGUUUACACUACUUACCAACUCAACGACAAAUACUACCGUGCACCCCCGUGUUCACUACCUCUUCUCCGACGACGACCCCUCCAUCCUCGCAACCAGUACCGAAGACCCGUCCCACCGAGCCCUCAUCGUAGAUCUCGCGCCUGCACCCGAAGGCGACCCCAGCCGCUGGGCCGUAUCCUGGGCUGCCAGCCUGACACCCGAUUUCGCGGUGACAAAUUCCAGCGUAGCCGUGCAGCAAAGCGAAGGCGACGAGAGCGGAGGCGCAGGAGCUCUUAUGCUCCGCGUCGAAGGAGUCGAGCCCGAAUACGUCGAGAUGCGAUCCGACUCUCUACCUAAUUCCGGCAGUGGCGCUAUAGGAGGGGAGGAUGUGGAUGUGCUAGCGGAGGAUUUUCGAAGACGCAUGGGGGUGUUGAAGAAGGUGGUUGAUGAGGGCGAGAGAAGACGUGUGGUGGUGGGACAGCACAAGGAGAGUCAUCAUGAGGGGGAAGACGAGGGCCUACCUGAUGAGGCGGUGACGGAUUAUGAUGAGGAGAAAGAGAAGGAGAACCUGGAGAAAGGAAAGGCAAAGGUGGAGGACUGA